AUGGCGUACUCUGCAUUAUUGCUUGUUAUUUCUGCCGUGAUUUUUCUAUGUUAUAUCUCUUAUGAAAGACUUUUCAAGAAGGUCAAGAUACCUGAUGGGGCCAAGUCAUUGCCGGGUCCAAGAGGAUAUCCGAUUAUCGGUUCAGUUCUUGAUCUGGAUCCGAAGAAUCCAUGGAUGCAGAUGCACUACUGGAGUAAGGAGUAUGGCCCAAUAUAUCAAGUCAACUUAAACGGAACAAACACCGUCUGGAUUACCUCACAUAAGAUUGCCGAAGACUUAUUCGUUAGAAGAGGGGCCAUCUAUUCAGAUAGGCCAUUCCUUCCGGCCAUUGGGGGUGAUUGCAGACUCACCAAUAGAUACAUCCCCCUCAUUACCUAUGGCGAGGAUAUGAAGCGCAUCAAAACCUGGAUGAAAAACACCAUGUCGAGCAUGCCCCCUGACCGACUCAAGAACCUUUCGCAAAAAGGCGCCGCCACAUUCGUCACCCGCCUCAUCGCUCAACCGCACCUCUUCAAACAAUUCUGCGAAGAAUGCACUUCCCAAAUCUCCGCGCAAAUGGCCUGGAACGACUCCCGCCUCUCCACUGCAAAAGAAACCAUCAUGCGCGCCAACCAACUCCUCCGCCGCAUCUCCGCCGACGGUGACAUCCAAAACAGACUUCCCUUUCUGCGCCGCUUUCCCGACUGGAUUCCCGAUUGUCUGCAACCCUGGAGAGCCGAAGAACGCGUGCGAUUUCUCCGCGAAAGAAACUUUUGGUUUGGGAAGAAAGAGGCGGUGAGGAAGUCGCUUCAGAGUGAGAAGACGGAGAGUUCUUGGAUGCAGAGACACCUUACCAUGCCCACGAAUCCCACGCUGGACGAGGAUAAUACCUAUUCGGUGGGUAUGUUAGCGCUGAUUGGUAGUAUACUCACUUCUUCGCCUAUCCAAAGUCUCUUUCACGCUAUGCUUGAAUGUCCGGAGUGGCAACUUAAGGGUCAAGAAGAGGUGGAUAGAGUGUGUGGGGAACGACCACCGUGCUACGAAGAUAUCCAAAACUUGCCUGUGGUGAGGGCAAUCAUUAGAGAAAUUUUCCGGUGGAGAAGUCCGGCUCCUGCUGGCGUUCCUCAUGUCCUCGCCCAAGAUGACAUAUACGAAGGCUACCACAUCCCUAAAGACACCACCUGUUUCGCGCUCGAAUGGGGACUAUGCCGCGACCCCACCCUCUAUCCCGAUCCCGAAGAAUUCCGGCCCGAACGCUGGCUCUCCCCCGAAUACCCCACGUACCGCGAACCCCUCACGCAUUUCCCCUCCAUCAAAGCACAGCAUGGAUUUGGCUGGGGAAGACGCGCGUGUAUUGGACAGGAUUAUGUGGAGAUGGUGCUGCUCACCGUGAUAGCGACGAUAUUGUGGAGUGUGGAUAUUAGGAAGAAGAGGGAUGGGAACGGCGAGGAGAUUCAAGUGCCGUGGUAUGAUUAUAGCGCGUAUGUGAUUGUGAGGCCCGAGUGGUUUGCUUUUGAUGUGGUGGAGCGGAGAGGCGCGGAGAUGGAUGCCCCGAGUAGGACGGCGUUGUUGAGGGAUAGAGCGGAUAUGGAGAUGGUUAGUGGGGAGGAGGGGGUUGUUAAUGGGAGGCCGGUCGGGUUUGAGAAGAGGGAGAUUUCGUAA